AUGGAUAUCAGUGAGAAUGAGGAAAAUGUGAUACAAACGAAGGAGAUCUAUUCGAUAAGGUUUGAUUCGACGGAUAUCGACGAUCAUAUACAUUGCGCGUUUUGCUUCUGUGUUGAUUGUCAGUACAAUCGCUGUGCAUUGCGUUCAUGUCCCGAAUGUCACGCAGUUUUGCAUGGUUGUAAACUUGAAGAUCAUUUGCUAAUUUGUGCUAAGGCCUACGUUUCGUGCUUAUGCGCAGCAUUCGGUUGUCCAGUAUUGUUACGACGUGAUCGAAUGUCACAGCAUUUAAAGCAUUGCUGUGCAUCCGCAAUAUGUUGUGCGGUACAAUGGAAUAGACGAACGCUUAGUAAUCACGCAAAACGUAAACUGAAACGUUUUGCAAAAGGUCUGGAACAAUGGAAAGUGGAACCUGAAAUAGAUGACCGUGAAAUUGAUGUUUGUGCCGCACUGGUUGAUCAGGAAGCAGUUGUCGAUUCUUAUCAGAUAAGUCGCAAAGACCGGAAACGUCUAACAGAUUUCCAGAAUCCAUGUCAUCCACUGAUGCCACUGAGGUUAUCGCUUGAAAAGUUAUCUCGUUUUGCAGACGAAGACAGCAGUGACGAAGAAAACAGACAAAAGGAAAUUCAGUUGAAACUUAAACGUUCUCCAUUUGAAAAUUGUUAUUUGUGCAGACUUGAUCCAGCUAGUCAGCAUCUUCAUGUAUUAGGUAAUAUCAGUUUCGAAGAAAAUGAAAAAACUCCGGUGGAAGUGAUACCGCCAGUUAAAGUGUCACUUUUGCCUCCCUUCUACGAAAUGAGGCAUUUAUGCCUGAAUAUUGGACGUGAACGUUUUUCGGUAUUCGCACGAAAAGGUGAGAAUAUGCCAUAUGUUCAGAAAGGAAUUUCGAUAUAUACAUUUUGCUGUAACGAAAGCUUUCGUCGUGAUGAAUAUUGUACACAUUAUGAAUUAUCACAUAUGGGAAUUGAUGACUGCAUAGUACGUUGUCCGAUGUAUAUCGAUGGAUGCCCAUUCUAUUAUUGCAAAGCUAAACCAUGCUGGGGCGAAUUAAGGUAUAAUCGCUAUCUGAAUUGUGUUGUUCAUCGUCCACCCGAACCAUCGGUUGUACGAUCUAAGGGCUCACCAUUGUAUGAUUUGCCACCAAUAAUGCUAAUUGAAAUUUUUCAAUAUUUGGAUAGUGCAUCAUUGCGUUGUUUAUCAUCAACAUGUAAACAUAUGCGAUUGAUGUGUUUCAAAAUUGCUUCUGAUUCUGCAAUGGUACACAUCAAAUGGGAACGAUCCGAAAGUGGAAAUUGGUCAGAAAAAUGUUUUAUAUGGGAAUUCAGUAAAUGUCAAAAGCGAAUUAAUAAAUGGAAGAAUGCGAGUACGACUGUCUUAAGCAGUCAUUUGUCUGAUUGUAAAUUUAAUGUUCCGGAAAAAUUCAAUCAUAAUCGUAUCGCUUUACUUCCAGCUGUCAGACAGUCAUUUUCGGAAACGAUUCAUCCUAUUGGAGGUCGAAAUCAACGCCGUAUCGAGCAAAUUGUGCAGUCUAUUAGGCUUUGA